AUGGCGACUGUCGAUAUCCCUACGAAGCAAAGGGCUGCUAUCUACGACCAGCCUGGUACUAUCUCAACUAAGGUUGUGGAGAUCGAUGUGCCCGAGCCUGGUGCUGGCGAGGUUCUCAUUAACCUGACUCAUUCCGGCGUAUGCCACUCUGACUAUGGAAUCAUGACCAACACCUGGAAAAACCUACCAUACCCAACUCAACCCGGUCAAGUUGGAGGCCAUGAAGGUGUCGGCAAGAUCGUCAAGCUUGGUGCAGGCACCGAGUCCUCUGGUCUGAAGAUUGGCGAUCGAGUCGGUAUCAAAUGGGUCGCCAGUGCUUGCGGAAACUGCCAGCCCUGUGGAGCGGGAGCCGACGGACUGUGCUUCAAGCAGAAGGUCUCAGGCUACUACAGCCCAGGAACGUUCCAACAGUACGCACUAGGACCAGCCAACUAUGUGACACCGAUUCCCGAUGGCCUGGACUCCGCCGAGGCAGCACCAAUGCUCUGCGCUGGUGUGACGGUCUAUUCAGCUUUGAAGCGUAGUAACGCACGCCCUGGACAAUGGGUCAUCAUCUCCGGCGCUGGUGGUGGCCUCGGCCAUAUUGCAGUGCAACUCGCAAGCCGAGGAAUGGGUCUUCGCGUCAUUGGAAUCGACCACGGCAGCAAGGCCGAGCUUGUUAAGGAGUCUGGGGCAGAACACUUCGUCGACAUUACACAGUUCCCCAAGGACGACAAGGGUGUCGCCUUGCAGAAACACGUCCAAUCACUAACGGAGGGACUGGGUGCCCACGCUGCCAUUGUCUGCACGGCUGCAAACGCAGCGUAUGCCCAGGCUUUGCCGCUGCUGCGCUUUAAUGGCACCCUUGUUUGUGUUGGAAUGCCCGAGCAUGACCCACAGCCGAUUGCGACUGCGUUCCCAACUUCUUUUGUUAAUAAGCAAUAUACAAUCACCGGCUCUGCGGUCGGAAAUCGCCAUGAAGCGGUCGAGACAUUGAAAUUUGCUUCUCGCGGCAUAAUUAAGGCUCAUUACCGGGUUGAGAAGAUGGAUGCUCUAACCUCAGUAUUCCAGGAGAUGGCUGAAGGUAAGGUUCAAGGGCGUGUUGUUUUGGAUCUGUCAGACUAA